GUGACAGAUAAGGCGGCACGUGGCUGUAUGUCAAUAUUCCUUUGCCCCUUAUCUGGGAUAUUAAAAAAGGGAGUCAAUUCGUGAAGCGCGGAAAGACCGUUGUCAAAAAUUCUCUAUUGUUUUUAUUUCGUUAGCAAAAAAUCAUUACUGAAACAAUUGUUUUUAACUCCGAGAAAUAAAGGUCUUGUAGGAUAAAUUUUCUACCAAGUGCGAGAGUUUCGUCCAAGUGGAGAAGGAACUGCUUCAUUGCCGGAUCGCUAGAAAACAAAGGGAUGUCUAAGAAACGAGGUCUAAGUGCUGAUGAGAAGAAGAUAAGAAUGUUGGAGAUAUUUCAUCAAAGUAAAGAUUUCUAUCAACUAAAGGAGUUAGAAAAAAUCGCUCCAAAAGAAAAAGGCAUAACAAUGCAAUCAGUAAAGGAAGUAGUUCAAAGCCUAGUCGACGAUCACUUAGUUGAUUCUGAGAAAAUUGGUACUUCAAUAUACUUCUGGUCAUUUCCAAGCAAAGCAAAAAACGCUAAGAAAAGAAAAUUUCUCAAUACACAGGAUGAGUUUGAAGAAAUAUCAAAAAAAUUAAAAAAAACGGAAGAGGCUAUUAUAUUAGAAUCUGCUGAUCGUGAAACAAGUGAGGAGAGAAAUGUAUUAUUGAAAUUGUUGGAUGAAGUAACAAAAAGAGAGUCAGAACUUAAGAAAGAACUACAAAAAUAUAGAGAUUCGGACCCUGAAUACAUUGCACAAUUAAAAAUUGAAGUUGAAGAAUUAAAAACAGCAGCAAAUAGAUGGACUGAGAAUAUUUAUAUACUGAAAUCCUAUAUUAAAAAUAACUUUCAAAUUGAUAAUGAUAUUAUUGAUCAGAACUUUAACAUACCAGCUGACCUGGACUACAUAGAAAAUUGAAUAAUGUUAUACUUAUUAGUUAAUUUGAAAAAAUGUUUUUAAGAUAAUAUCUAUUUGACCUAAGUAAAGCUUUCAGUGUUUAACUUUUGUUUUCUUUAUAAUAAUUUUAUUAAAAACUGACUGAUCCAAAAGACGGAUUUACAA